CGUCCGGUAACGCUCGCGCGUGCACAUACACACACGCACACACGAAGCACACGGCACACACGGCGGUAGUCGACCCGGACGACCUCACCAGAGGAGAAGCACGUAGUGCGGUUAAAGUGCAGCGGCGGUUACGUUUGCGAGUCGUCACAAGACUACGUCGCGCGUCGAUACCGACAGCUCUCCAGAGCGACCUUGCAGAGGUUAUUCGCGCCGGUGAUUUCGGUGGCAAAGUACGAGACAUCAGGCGAGCACGUUUUGCCGACGAAGAAAAGAGAUGACUAUCAAGGCGGCGACGAAUAUAACAGUGGCUUCCGUAGCCACCCCGCGGCGGCGAAGACGAGCGAGCGGUUUCGCGAAGAUGACGGCAUUCUUGUUGGUAGCCGCCGUCGUUUUGGUCGAUGUGAUCAAAGUCUGUGAAUGCCGUACCAUAAGAGAAGACGACUACCACCGGCUGGAGCGAAUACGACGAAAUGAUAAAAGCACGGAUUAUGUAUCCGACGGUGUCGGUAGCGAUGAAGAUGAGAAUACGGAAGGUCAAGAUACAUCAGUCGACGAUACUAGUAGCAUUACAUUGCCCGUCAUACAGACAUCGGGACUUGUGGUAGAAACUAUCGAGGGCACAACGGUGAAUCUACCUUGCAAGGUUGUCAACGGUUCUGCGGACGAGUACGCGGUAUUGUGGAUCAAUGGCACCAAGAGUAUAAUGACGGACAACUUCGCCGUGACUACAGACCCGAGGGUCAAACAUGGAGAACAGUCAGAUACAUCUGCAGAAUUCCAGGAACACACACUGAUCAUUGAACAAGUGACGCGGAUGGAUUCUGGAUACUACACGUGCAGGAUAACAUCAACACCCCCCGUUGAGAUAACCCAUACCCUGCGUGUCACACAUCCGGCUAAAGUCUUGUCAGUGCAAACUAUGGGUCCCUCAGGGAGUUUGACUUCGGCAAAAAAAUUGACCGUGAAACAAGGUGAUCCCUUGCUACUCGUAUGCAGCGCGGCAGGGUACCCGGAGCCUACGGUGCAAUGGACCAAAAAGCCUAAAUAUGACCAGCAAUCGCAACAAUCGACUAUAUCGUCUUUGGAUCAUGAUCAAAAGGCGCCGGAUUCUGUAUCAUCGGCUCGCUCGCAGCUAGUCGUUUCGAAAACGAAUGAGGUUCGUAUCGACUCUGUUGCUGCGUAUCGCGAUGCCGGUUUAUAUGAGUGCUCAGCGCACAACAGCAUCACCACGGGAUCCGUGUCGGGAGGGACCAACGCAGAGGCCUCACAUAAGACAAUAGAAGUGGAAAUCGAGUUCGCGCCAGAAAUUGUUGUGCCCCAGCUCGUUGUCAACACCGGAGAAACGUACGACGCUCAGAUGAUGUGUACCGUGCAAGCGUUCCCCAAGGUGAAAGUCACGUGGGAAAAGGAAACACCGAACGCGAACGGACCGCAGUCGUCGACACCCGUGCUCGUCGAAGGCCCCAACAGCCGGUACCAAGAUUUCAAGCCACCGACCAGCAAUACCUUAUUACAGGGCUCAAUGAACUCAACCGCGAAGCAGACCAAAUCCAUUUUCAUACUCAAAGUGAACAAAGUGCAAGGACCACAAGACUUUGGUCGGUACCGGUGUCGAGCUGAAAACCGUGUUGGCGUCACUUAUUCGGAUUACAUAACGUUGACUGGUACACCGGCUCGACCACUAUCGUCAUACGUGAAAGUCGAAGGCAAAGCUCCCGAACUGGGGUGGACCGUAGACAGUUGGUCACCACUGAUCGAGUACGAGUUGCAGUACAGACGACAACAGGAUUCGCAGGCUUCUUGGUUGGAAAUCAAGCCGCAGCCACAGGUGGUCGAAUCGUCUACUGGCAGCAGCGCGGGCGACGAGCGCCGUUACGCCUUGUCCUAUUUGUUCGGCGGCGACAUUCAACCACAACAACAGCAACAGCCGGCCGGCGUGCCCGAGACCAUGCCAAUUAUCCUGCAACGGGGCACCACAUACGUGGCCCGACUUAGGGCUCGAAACGUUCACGGAUGGUCUGACUGGUCGGCGGAUACCGUAUUUACCGGUGGAAUGGAUGAUGACCAAGAUGCCAACGAGAUUACUCAGUACGACGGAUCUCAACAUAACGAUAAUAUUUCGAGUAAGUACACUAAUGCACACGAGUACACUAUCUUAUCGCAACUGCAUGUAGUCUGUAAACUUUUAAAAGGCUACGGCAUAAUUGCUUCAAUUAUCAUUAUUUGUUUAUUUGCACGCGAUAACAUGUCGCGCUUCACUUAGGUUAUGGUCUUAACU